AUGUCUUCAUCGCAAUUUGGUUCUCUUCGAGAAGAUGUUCUGGUCAACUUGAAGAAUGACAUGCAGACUGUCGAAAAAUUCGACAGUGAGCAAUUCAAUCAGCUUGUGCAGAUGAUUUUCUCAUUUCUGGCUGAUCCAAGUAAGUCUUCUCAGCUGUUCAACCAACUUGAAACCUUUGCUGAAGAUAACAAUGUCAGUCUCCCUGGGUUAAAGAAUGUCUUCAAAAGUUUGUUGACCAUUCCAAACAAUGCCUUGAAGAAAGGCUCUACAGCAGCCACAUUCCAUGAAGAACUUAGAAGUCUUGGAUUAUCAGAAGAAAAAGCAGAUUAUUUCACUGAGCAGUGGAAGAAAAACAUGGCAACUCUUUCCUCCAUGGCUCUUGGACAAACUUUGAUGGUAAACCGACUUGUUGAUGUUGACUGGAAAUUUGGUGUGACCCUUGCCAGCAGUGAAAUUACCAAAGUAGGAAACACAUUUGUACAGCUUAAACUUGUGCUUAGCAAUGGAACUGGAGAACUGAAAAAUUCUUACAUGGAGUUAAGCCUCCAGCAGUUUUAUUCUUUCUUACAUGAAAUGGAAAGAGUCAAGGCAAGCCUGGAGAUACUGAGCUGA